AUGAAAUGGAUUGCCAGUGCCAUUUCCAUCCGUUUUGUGGACCGCACCAGCCCGUCCGACGCUCACGCCAACUCGGGAGUCCACUUGGCGCUAGUUGACGCGGGUCAGACGCUUCUCCAGUACAAUUUGACGGUAAAUGUGCUUCCGCACCGGCUCCUCAGUCGCUGCGACCCCUACAUCACCACAACCGACCUCAUCGACCACAAGGCGAAAGAGGUCACGUGGGUGGAUGCCCGGGUCGACUUCAACUUGCCCAUCACGGAAGAAGACGGAGUCGAGGAAUUCCUUUCGUACUUCAAGAAUAACGGGUUUAGUCUCCUUCCGUUGGGCCAGGUUUCCAGCUCUUUGAAAGACUUUGGGAUUUUGAACCUAACCACGCAAGAAUCGGUAGGAAGUGCCAGCAAUACCAUUACCUUCGCCGACACACGUCAGUAUGAGCCUAUCGACAUCGUUUCGUUCCCGUUCAGCUUCUCCAAUCCCUUGUUGUUCUCGAACUACCGAGCAUCGGGCAAUAUCAACUUUAUUUCUAACUUCGGGUACUUGACCGACGUCAAGUACAUCGACAACAUGGUGGGGGCGAUGGUGCUAACGAAACAUGACGGGGUGGCAGAGUCGUUGGGGCUUGUGAUGACCAAUUUACGCAAGUUCAAUGGAGACGGCGAUUUGAUGUUCAUUCUCAGCUGGAAAGUGAUAUGGGCCAUUGUUGCUCGGCACCAUCCCAAUAACCAUCUCAUCACAAAGCCGGUGAUCAACAAGUUGGUGUCAACGUCGCCGAUGGUUCUGGCGUCGCCAGCAAGAGAUUCGGUGUUGCCGGUGUUGGUUUCGCUCGCAUACAAACAGAGCUGGGGAUCUUGUGUGGUGCUCAAUUCCGAGUACUUGGUGACUAAUUUCCACGUUAUCAAGCCUUUUGUUCAGAACAAAGCAGCCACAAUAUUGGUGCACCUCGACGCUUCAAUGGUGAUGGACUUGGGAGAAGAAGACGAAAUAAACACCACAUUCAAGGACUUGGAUCUCUGUUUCAUCCGACUCUCGUUGACCAACCAGUUCAAGCUCCGGUCUGCUGGGAAGGUGCCGGCCACCUACACCCGGGCAUAUGACGUUGGAGACAUGGUGAAGACCACCGGGUAUGGAUUAUUUUUCAAUCCCAAGUAUUUGCAGCCAAUUGAGAGCUAUGGCCGUAUCAUGGUCAAACAACAUCUCAAGCUUCAAGACACCGACCUGCACACGACGCCGGUGCUCGUGGUGACGUCGGCUUCAUGCUGGAACGGCUCGUCCGGUGGAGGGCUCUUUAAGGACGAGAAGCUUGUAGGGCUCAUCUGCUCAAACGCGCAGAUAAAGGUGCACAACCCGAAUACCAACGAUUUUCACACGGAAAAAUUGCCCAAGCUCUGUUUCAUUUUGCCGGUGGAGGUGGUGCUUGCGUGCUUUGCGGUGGCAACCCAGUCAUACCGGGAAUUUGGAUUAAACUUGGAGGUGAAAAAUGCCUGGAACUUGGUGGACAAUCACCGCACGCGUUUUGCAGCCAAAUUAUGA